AUGAAUCGAUUUGCAGUGCUUGCCAUGGUGGUAGCCUUGCAGGUCAUCCACCAGGCAAAUGCGAAAGCUGUGUUUGCACAUUUCAUGGUCACAAACUCUGGGAAUUACACUGCUUCCGACUGGCAGUCCGACAUCGGACUGGCCAUGGAUGCCCACAUCGAUGCAUUUGCCCUCAACAUGGCAUGGGAAGACGACACCAAUAACCCUUCCGUGGAGAUGGCUUUCACUGCUGCCAAUGUGAUGGGAUUCAAACUGUUCUUCUCAUUUGACUAUGCUGGUAAUGGACCUUGGGACCAAGAUGUUGUAACCAGCAUGAUCCAGCAAUAUAGCUCUAACUCUGCAUACUUCCAGUAUAAUGGGAGGCCUUUUGUGUCCACAUUUGAAGGACCUGGCAAUGCAGAUGACUGGGUAACAAUUAAGGCAGAGACAAAUUGCUUCUUCAUGCCGGACUGGUCUUCUGUCGGUGCUAUGCCAGCCGUGGGAUUGGCAAAUGGCGUUGCUGAUGGAUUGUUCAGCUGGUCAGCGUGGCCAUGGGGAAAUCAGACUAUGGAUACCUACACUGAUGCCUCAUAUAUACAAUAUUUGGAUGGGAAACCAUAUAUGAUGGCCAUUUCUCCCUGGUUCUAUACCAAUCUACCAGGAUAUAACAAGAACUGGCUUUGGAAGGGUGAUAGUCUCUGGUUUGAUCGCUGGCAAGAGCUUUUCGGUCUCGACCCAAUGCCAGAAUUCGUUGAAAUCAUUUCCUGGAAUGAUUAUGGUGAAUCCCAUUAUAUUGGCCCGAUUCAUGACAAUGCUAUGGCUGCCUUCGAUAUCGGUGAAGCUCCAUACAACUAUGUGCUAGGUUAUCCACAUGACGCCUGGCGCGACCAGCUUGCUUUUUUGAUCGAUCUGUAUAAAACUGGAAGUGCAUCAAUGGGAAGUGAUAAAGUUACCUUCUGGUAUCGCCCUAACCCAGUAUCUUCUUGUAGUUCUGCGAACACAACAGUCAACACCGCCUCUCAAUUGCAAAUUGAAUUCGAACCAGCUGAUGCAUUGGAAGACCGGAUCUUUGUCAUGGCAUUAUUCGGUGACGGCAACGCUGCGGUGUAUGUCAAUGAUCAAGCCGUGGAGUGGGACUUUGAGCCGCAGACCGACGUUAUAGGGGAUGGUGAUAUUGGAGCUGGUAUCUGGUUUGGCAGCGUCGCUGCAUUCCCUGGCAAUGUUAUGGUCACUUUGUUUGUCGGCGAGGAAUCGACUAGCAGUGUUCAUAAUUUGGAAAUAACCUCUACGUGCGAUGAAGGCUUCAACAACUACAAUGCGUGGGUAGGAAGCCUUGGAGGGCCGCCUGGCCUCUCCUCUACGACAAUCAACAUAGCAGACCAGGUAUGUGUGAAAGGGAAGGGUGCCUACGAUUUCAAUGACCUUUGCAACUUUACUUGCUCCUACGGGUAUUGCCCUGUCGGCGCAUGUACCUGCGAGCAGAUGGGCGUUGCCCACACCAAGCCCAACGCGACGGGAACACUGGGCUACCCAGCAGAAGGGAGAGAUGCCAACUAUGCGGGUCUAUGCAGCUUUGCCUGUAACUAUGGCUAUUGUCCGUCCAAGACGUGUGACACGACAGAACAUUAUGCGAGAGAAAGUGGAAGCAAUACAAUAUGCCUAAGUGGUGGGAUAGAAGGCACUAGUCCCAAAGGGGACAUCAACAAACGACCCAUGCCGGUGCCAACAGUCUCGGACUUCCUGCCGCCGGCCUGUGUUGCUGGUACUGGACCCGGUCCAGUCUCCGGAUUAUGUUCGUACGCUUGCAGCUAUGGAUAUUGUCCCAUCAAUCUAUGUUCCUGUACACAAACAGGGGCUCUCGUGCAGCCGCCCGGCCAGACAGAGGGUCCUGGUAUGGCAGGCUCCGGCUAUCCCGACACCUUUGACAACCUCUGUGACUUUGCCUGCAGCCGAGGCUACUGUCCACCUGGAACCUGCAUAUCGGAGGCGGAGCAGGAUAUUACGGAGGCGGAGCAGGAGAUGACGGAGGCGAUUGCCACGACAGGUUAUAAUAUUUCCGACUUCGCUGACUUUAAUCUUACCAUCCUGGGGACGGCGCUGAUUGGCAAUGACGGGUGCACCGCCCUCCAGAAACAGCAGAUCAGAUCGGGCUGGGUGCAGUCCUGGAAGAUCAUGAAUUACAUUUAUAAGGUGGCCAAAGCUGGCAUCGACUUCAACGAGGCCGCUGCUGUCGAGUACCUGGGGCCACCAUCGAUGAAUCAGGACCAGUGGAGCAAGUACAAGGCUAUAUAUCUGAACCUUGCCACCAUUCAGCCCGGCUGGAUCGACCUGUUCGCCUGGAAGAUUGCGGUCCGGUGCGAUGACCCGUACUUACAAUGCUCAUGCGGGAGAGACGUCAACACCAUUGCCUACACAGUGCAGAAUGACCCCAAACACGGGGUCGCAUCCAUCAGCUUUUGCCCGCGGUACUUCUCGUUACAAACGCUAAAUGACGCGAUGCACUGGGCAGACACCACGAAGAAUGAUCCUAGUCUAUACGCCGACCUGAUUAACUACUACAACAAUCAGGCCCUGGUGUGGAUUCAUGAAUUGCUACACAUCGACUGGGUGUCGACGGCCUCGAGCAGUGGAGAUAUUCACCAUGUCACUGACAUCAAGGUGGGAUACGAGCGAGGGGAGAAAAAAAUAAUGACGUACUACAAAGCCUACGGGCCGUGGGCGUGCAAAGCACUGGCGCGCUUGGGAUGGGCCACAGGCGCAUGGACCAUUUUAAACGCCGACAGUCUGACCUUGUAUGCCUUCGCCAAGUACGUCCAGAACGCUCUUGGCAACAUCUACCCGCACCUCCCCUUGGCGCCACCGCCCCCAAAAAACGCGGAAAUUCCUUUCCAGAUCGACGACCUUUUCACACUCUAUAACAAUGGCACCGGUGAACCGGCCUCGAACACCACCCUCGACAACGACUUGGAGUGGAGUCUAAGUCAGGGGGUCUGCGCCGCUGCCGACGAUGAGGAUGGCGAUGAGGCCGCCAGUGCCGUGAUGACGACUAUGACCACCUGGCCUGUUGAGACAGACUACCCUUCGGACUAUCUAUCCAGUUGGUCAUCGUGGGCCGGGCUGACGCCCACAACCACAGCGGCAACGGCCACGGCAACCGCACUUGGACUAUGA